AUGUUGUUCUUCCAGACCCAUCUGAUCACUUUCUACCUUCUUGUCUUCAUCACUUCUGUAGCGUCACUUACCUUCAAUUUGACAAAUAUUGGUCCAUCAAAUCAGAAUCGGGACAUAGUUUCAGAAGGUGAAGGAUCUUACAUCUCCAACGAGGGAAUCCAGGUGACCCCGGAUGGGAUUGGAUCGGAUAGAAGCCAGAAAGCCGGACGGGCCACAUAUAUCAGGCCACUACAUCUUUGGGACAACCGAACUGGUGAGCUAGCAAGCUUCUCUACCAAUUUCACUUUUGUAAUUGAUUCAAACAGGGAGAUAUUCUACGGUGAUGGUCUCACAUUCUUUCUCGCUCAGAAUAAUUCUGUGAUAAGCCCAGGGGGGGCCAUGGGGCUUCCAGUGAAUGAAACAACUGCUGUGGCGCUUAGCCGAUUUGUUGCUGUGGAGUUCGAUACAUUUGGGAACAGCGACUGGGACCCAAUUGCACGUACGAAUGUUUCCAUGGGUGAUCAUGUGGGUAUCAGCAUCAGCUCUCUUGCUUCUGUUACGUCUCAGAGAUGGUUAAGCAAUAUAACUGAUGGGAGAGUGUGUCAAGCUUGGAUUAGGUACGAUUCAGUUUCUAAUAAUCUUAGUGUUUCCUUCACUGGUUUUCAAAACAAUAGAGUCGUGCGUCAAGAUGGACUAGUUUACACGGUUGAUCUCAGGAGAGAGUUACCUGAGUGGGUUAUUUUCGGGUUUUCAGCAGCUACCGGGGCUCAGUUUCAGAAGAAUAACGUAAGAUCUUGGACUUUCGAUAGUUCGGAUUUACAAGUUGAUGAAACUGACAGGAUACCACCUAACGCGGGUCCGGGUCCAGGUCCAGUAGAAGAAAAAAACAACAAACUGGGAUUGAUAGUUGGAAUACCGGUUGGAGUGAUUUUUCUUUCAAUCAUUGCCUUUGUCUUAUGGAGGAGGCAGAAGAAGGUCACAGAACAUGAAGAAGAAAAUUCAAUUGAUGUUGAGAUGAACAAUGAAUUUGAAACGGGCACCGGGGCUAAAAGAUAUUCUUACCAUGAAUUAGCUCAUUCAACAGGUGACUUUGCCGAAAAGGAGAAGCUUGGAGAGGGAGGUUUUGGUGGAGUUUACAGAGGUUUCUUGAAGGACUCGAGCACAUAUAUUGCAGUUAAAAGGGUGUCGAAGAGUUCUAAACAAGGGAUGAAGGAGUAUGCAUCAGAGGUGAGGAUCAUUAGCCGAUUGAGGCAUAGAAAUCUGGUGCAACUCAUUGGCUGGUGUCACCAGAAAGGCGAACUCAUGCUUGUUUACGAAUAUAUGGAAAACGGAAGCUUAGAUUCACAUCUUUUCAAGGGAAAGAGCUUACUGACAUGGGAAACAAGGUAUAAAAUUGUUCAAGGUCUGGCGUCUGCUUUGUUGUACCUACAUGAAGAAUGGGAGCAAUGUGUUUUGCAUAGAGAUAUUAAAUCUAGUAAUGUGAUGUUGGAUUCGAAUUUCAAUGCAAAGCUUGGUGAUUUUGGGUUAGCUAAGUUGGUUGACCAUGAGAAAGGCUCACAAACAACUAUGUUGGCUGGAACCUUGGGUUAUAUGGCUCCUGAAUGUUUACUCACUGGCAGAGCGACUAAGGAAUCUGAUGUUUUUAGCUUCGGGGUUGUUGCAUUGGAAAUAGCUUGUGGGCGAAAAGCCAUUGAGUAUAAGGCUCAAGAAAAACAGGUACGGUUAGUAGAAUGGGUUUGGGAGCUCUAUGGCUCUGGGACACUUUUAGAAGGAGUUGAUCCGAGUCUAGGAUCAGAUUUUGACGAAGAGGAAAUCAACCGCUUAAUGAUCGUUGGCUUAUGGUGUGUGCACCCUGACUCAGAAUCUCGACCAUCAAUGAGGCAGGCCAUUAAAGUACUAAACUCUGAUGCUUCCCUACCUUUACUACCCUCAAAUAUGCCUGUGGCAUCUUAUUUGACACCUACAGUUUCGUCACUGUUUGAUGUCUCCUCCAUUGUUCAAUACCAAUCUUCAAGUAGCACCACUAACACUGAAUCGUCAAAGCAAACAAUGUCGUCAACAGUUUCUUUUCCUUCGCCCUCUAUGUCACUGUUACAUUCAAUGCAAUGAAUCUAGAACUUUUU